CGGAUCCUCUCGCAAGUCUUAUUCACAGCCUCUCACGUUGAGGAUAGAGAGAGAGAGAGAGAGAGAAAGGGGAGAAACAAGAAGAAAGACGCACGAAGUAGUCGAAGAAGAAGAAGAAGACGAAGACGAAGAAGAAGAAGAAGCAGGGGAUCAGCGAAACGACCAUGGCGAUCUCCGAAACGUCUCAGCUUGAGAUAGUGUCCGAUCCCAGCGCACCUCUACCGCCGUCGACCACUGCACGGAGCAUGCAGUCGCACAAUAGACAGAGCCCAGAUGAAUGAGGAGCCGUACCUGGGCCGUGGGCAACAUGAGGGUCAUCUUCAUCCAAAACGCCGGUUUGGUCGCAGCGUUCUCGCCUUUCAGAUGUGAGUCGGUGGUGUCGGCGGUGCUUAGGACGACAGAGGAGUUAUUACACACAGCUAGAUCACGACAGUCGACCGAGGAGUGAGAUCAGACCCCAGUGAUUUAGUCGAUUUAAAAAAAAAAAGAAAAAAGAUAUUAUUAUUUCUAUUGGGAUAGAGCUUGCACAUACAUUAUAGCCAAUAUAUCAUCAUUUGAAAUCCAACGCGUGUUCAGCUUCCGGCAUGCUGCCUGCUGUCGAAAUCUGAGAACAUAUUUUUUAUUUUUUAUUAUUACAUCUUGGCACUAUAAUUAUUUUUUUAUCCUGUAAUACGGGACUAUGUAUCAGGUAAUUAUGUACCGAUAAUGUCCUUUAUAGACGUGUGUGAUUAAUUCAUUAGUAGACUGAUUAGGAUAAGGAGAUAAUAACAUGAAUAGGUAGGAGGAGGAGGAACAAAACAAUCUGUGUUCACUUUGAUCAAAGCCAAUUGAUCAACCAAGACAAUCUGGAAAUGUCAGUUUCCACAUGUAAUAAUAGGCUAUGACUAGUAGGCUACGCGUUAUUCCUUGUAAUUUAUUUAUUUAUUAUUACUAUUAUUAGACCUUUAAGUAUUAUAUUAUCAAUUUACUAGGUAGGUAGUUUGAAAUAUUUAACAGUGGGAAGGUUGUUUAAACACUUCCCUAGUGAGAUGGAAACCGCUUAUUUAUCGCCCCACCGGGGGGCAACCCUCCCCCAGGCCCCGAGGGGCCAGACCUCAGCGGGCAAACCGGCGGGAGGUGACCUCUCCCCUCCACCUCCAGCUCCAUCCCUGCCUGCCGGCAGCUCGGCCGAAGAGACCCCGGCAGGCAGUGAUGGACGGAGAAACUCUGGCGUGAAGAAACACCACCACAAGCACAAUUUGAAACACCGCUACGAGCUGCUGGAGACGCUGGGAAGAGGCACCUACGGCAAAGUCAAGAAGGCCAUCGAGCGACGCUCCGGCAGAGAGGUGGCUAUCAAGUCAAUUCGUAAGGAGAAGAUCAAGGACGAGCAGGACAUGGUUCACAUCCGUCGGGAGAUUGAGAUCAUGUCAUCCCUCCGCCACCCACACAUCAUCUCUAUAUAUGAAGUGUUUGAGAACAAGGACAAGAUCGUGAUUGUGAUGGAGUAUGCCAGCAAGGGCGAGCUGUACGACUACAUCAGCGAGCGGCGACGCCUGAGCGAGCGGGAGACGCGACACUUCUUCAGACAGAUAGUCUCCGCCGUGCACCACUGCCACAAGAAUGGUGUGGUGCACAGGGAUCUGAAACUGGAAAAUGUGCUACUGGAUGAAAACUGUAAUAUUAAGAUUGCUGAUUUUGGGCUGUCCAACCUCUACCACAAGGACAAGCUGCUGCAAACCUUCUGCGGCAGCCCGCUCUAUGCUUCACCAGAGAUCGUCAAUGGGAGACCUUACCGUGGCCCAGAGGUGGACAGCUGGGCUCUUGGGGUGCUGCUGUAUACUCUGGUCUACGGGACAAUGCCAUUUGAUGGUGGAGACCACAAGAACCUCAUUCGCCAGAUUAGCAACGGCGAUUACAAAGAACCCACUCAGUCCUCAGACGCCCGAGGACUGAUCCGCUGGAUGCUGAUGGUGAACCCCGAGCGCCGGGCCACCGUGGAGGACAUAGCCAACCACUGGUGGGUAAACUGGGGCUGGAAGAACAGUGUGUGCGACUGCGAGACCCAACGCGAUCACGGAGGCUCGCCCAUGCUGGCCCGCUUCAUCGACUGGCAGAACCGCACUGAGCCACGUGGUUCUGGAGCCAAGGCUGCAGCCAUGCCCCAGCUGCUGCGCCAGAGGCCCAAAAAGUCCAAGAAGGAAAACGUCGAAGCAGGACAGGCCCACUGUGGAGAAGAGGACAAGCCGGGUCUGAAGAGACCCAAAGGGAUCCUGAAGACCAGGGUUACCGGGGUGCAGCAGUCUGCCAGUCUGGAAGAAGUGGAGUUGGGCCAGGCAGCGCUGCCUCAACAAGCCGAAGGUGGAGAGGAGGCCUCAAGUCCAGAUCAAGAAGAGGAAGAGGAGCUGAGUCUGGGAGGAGGCUCUCCAGCAAAGAUGGUGCCCUCUCUGCCCAGGAAAGGCAUCUUAAAGAACAACCAACAGCGGGAAUCAGGGUACUACUCCUCGCCAGAGCGCAGCGAGUCCUCCGAGCUUUUAGGAGGUGCCGGUAUGUCUCUGCUGGCCACCUCCCCGCCCAGGAGAGCGAUGGGGAGAAAGGGCAUCUUGAAGCGAAACGGCAAGUACUCCACCUACAGCGGGCCUCCCUCAGCGGCAGCAGUGGCUGGUGUCCUUGGUGAGCCUCAUCCCUCCGCUGACUCUGGUCUGUCCCGCAGUCAGAGUCGGCCCUCCAGCAUAGUCGGCGAGGACAGCUCCGCCCUGUCCCUGUCGCCCAGCUCCCUCAGCGGGGCCGAGUGGCAUCCCUCCACCACCCACCUCCGCCCAAACAUCAGGGCCUGCGCCUCGGCUGAAAACCUGCUGCAGCUCGCCAACUUCAAGGGCUUCCAAGCCGCCCCGCCGCUCCAGGGAUCAAAGUUCAACCGCGGCCCCAAAACGAAAGGCUCCCCGGGGGACAAUGGCAGCUUCUCCUUGCUGGGGGACCUGGAGGACAUGACUCAGGUGUACCAGCAAGCCCUGGACAUCAGCAGCAACCUCCCCUAACAGAUGGGUGGCAGAGAGAAAGAGAGAGAGGAAGCAGAGGGAAUUGACCAUGACUGUGUGUGUGUGUGUGUGUGUGUGUGUGUGUGUGUGCGUGUGUGUGUGCGCGUGUGUGUGUGUGUGCGUGUGUGUGUGUGUGUGUGUGUGUGUGCGCAUGUACAGAUGUUUAUAGGUGACAUUAAACGACCAGUGUGUUACUGGGAUACACCUUUUGGGAAGUAGUGAUUUUCGAAAUGUGGCUGAAAUUUUGAUGGAUUUGAUAUGUUUUCGUACACACACACACACACACACACACAAAUUCUGUCAGGUUUAGAAAGGAGUUGGCACGAGAGAAUGCCACCCAGUCUGCUUUCUUAGCCCGCCCAUAGACUUUGCUGUGUUCAACAUGUUUACAUAUUCAGCAAGAAGGCAAGUUAGAAUCACAAACGCAGCAACCAGCAACUGGUUGGCUCUCCUUGUGCACGACCCAUUUUGAGUUUGAGUUUACAAAAGCACCUUAAAACUCACACAGAGCACAUGCUUUUGUGAUCUUUACUUCCUUUGUAAAAAAAAAAAAGAAAAAAGAAACAAACCAGGGUCUUGUUCCAAAAAUAACUGACAUUGCUGAUUAUUUAUUGAUAUUUGUGUAGCUUUUUAGUUUUUAAGUGCAAAACUGGUGGGCGCUGGCUGUUACUGGAAGAGUCCAAAGCUCCUUGUCUCUUUGUGUGGAACUGACAUAUAUAAUUAUGUUACUCAGUGAUGAGAAACAUAUAUAUACUCAGCAUAUAUAACUGUGUCUGCGCUUGUAAAACACGCGGGCAAAUAUACCUUCAUAAAAGCGUAUGUCCUAUAUAUGUGUAUGAUACUAGGGAAUAUGUAGGAAGUGCCUUUUUUGAUUCAUAAAAAAAAAAUUAAAUUAUGUAUGUCAUUUCCUUAAAGUGGAGGGAAAAGCCAGGCCAACCUGUCACCAGUUUUUUAUUUUAUUUUAUAU